AUGCUCCCGCUCGACGACGACGACUGCGAUGCCUGCAGCCCCGACUGGGUGAAGAAACGAAGCCCAUCCGCUAUGGCCGUUUCCGCGCUGCCAUUCGUGGCGACCUUUUUUAUUGUCGCCGUGGCCGUGUCGCAUAAGCUCUUCCCGCUGCUAUCUGGCCAUGCGCCUCUGAAGACCCACCACGAUGCGCAACUACCAGGCUUCGCAUGGCGCGAGAAGACGUUGAUAUCUAAGAAACUGCGCAUAACAGCGCGUACGGUUGCCAGCGCGACUUUCUCUACGAAUAUUGCGCUAUCGGCCGUGCUCGUCGAGCUUAUCCUUUGCGAGAUCUCGAACACCGUCAAUCGCGCAACGCGAACGCUGGCGCUCAAGGUCACGCUGCCGUCGCUAUUGUUUUUGAUCAUCGUCCUUACACCGGCGUUAAUUAUACACUCAGUGGUUUCGGGACGCAAGUUGAGCGGGUCACAGAGAGGUCAGCGUCAGCUGGCAUGGCUCUUGGACAUUGCGGGUCUGGCGGCAUGGCUUGCGGGAUUUUGGUACCUGGGCAGAGGGUUGCUGGGAACGUUUUUGCACGAGGAGUCAUACAUCCAUGAACAUACUUUCAGUGAAGGUUGUCUAGAAAGAAUUGGCGUUAUUGGCAUAAGUUUGAUGGCGUCGCUGGCUGGCUUCGCUGCUGUGAGUUCGCUCUGGCAGACAUUUGGUGUAAAGUACCGCCUGGUCACCGAGUCAGAUGUCGCUCGUAAACAAGCCGGACUUGAUGCUACAAAUGAUAUGCUUUUAACGAAGGAAAGUCGACUUCGCGCUGUACAGCGAAAACUCUCAGACACACCCAAAGAAGGGUUCGUCACCCGUAUGGUGGGCAGCCUUCGCGGGAACCCUGAGAUUAUAGAACGAAACACAUUGCAGCUCGAAAUCCAAGGCCUCGAAACGAUGCGCAACACACUUCAAAACUCCUUGUCUAUCCUACAGAACCGGCGACAGUCUCAAAUCCGCUCACACACCGUUCAUGGACGCUUGUUAAACCUCGUCUCGCUGAUUUUCUCCGUCUAUUGCUUCUACAGAAUCACAGCGACGACAUUCACGACUCUAAGACGCUUCUCAUCACCAAACACAAGCUUCUCAAACACCGACCCGAUCAACAACUUCCUCGCGAUAUUAGCCAAGCAUUGGGAUCCCGCAAUAGACCGCGUGGCCUGGAGUCGCACUAUAUCCUUCUUGCUUUCCGGCAUCAUGCUCCUCGCAUCCUUCAACAGCGUCGUACAGACUUUCUUCCUUUUCGCGCGCGUACUCCCCGGUGUUCUUCAUCACGCCCAAGCCAACUUUGCUUUACUGAUUUCGCAAAUUGCCGCUACCUAUGUGAUCAGCUCCGCGCUCCUGUUGCGAAGUAAUUUGCCCGUGGAAAUGAAGAGCGCUAUCUCGGAAGCGCUAGGUGCGCCGCUAGAGCCAGCAUUUACAGAGAGGUGGUUUGAGGGGUGGUUCUUGUUGGCGAGUGCGUCCACGGCAGUAGGGCUCUGGGCCGGGAAACGAUUAAAGGGACAGGGGUGGGACGACGAAGAAGAUCUUGGUGAAGGAGAUUUGGAGAUGGGCAAAUUGAAUUGA